CGGUGAACCACAACCCAGCCUUCUCGCUCCCGAAUCGUCGGGAUAUCGAGUUUAUCAAAAUUUUUACGUUCCACGUGGCUGUUCAAAGUUUUUCCAGAUACUCUUUGAAGCGAUUUUUUUCCGUAAACUUUGUCAAAAAUUUAUUCAAUACUGCAAUACUGUAUAAAGUGUAUAAUAAGAAGAAAAAAAAGCGUCAUUAAUAAUACACAUUUCGAUCUGGAAAAUAAUUCGAGUCCAACAUGGCCUACCACGGACAUGUUACAAUUUGUGAUGUAUCAGGAAAAACGUUGCAACGUAAGAAAAAAUUAAAUAGACAUGACAUUACCAAUGCGCUGUCAGACUCUGAAGACAGUGAAUCUGACCAGAUACCAGUAACUAAUACGAAAACCAAACCAACUUCUUUGCACACGGAUGCCUCAAGAUCAACAUUAUUAAUGACAUUCACCCGUGACCGUGACGUGAACAUAUACAGUAUUAGUAAUAAAGUUGGCGAAAAUGAGAAAAAAGAAUCAAAAUCGAGGAAAGAUUUUAAGUUGCAUAAAGAAGAUACCUGGAGAAGAAAAAGUAGCCAUCGGAUAGCUUUAAAUGAUGAAAGAAGUUCAAGGCAUCCCAGAGCUGCAAAGAAUGUUCCUUCUUACGAAGAAGAUGUUUUAUCUGACUGGAAAGUCGGUGUGAGCACUAGAGCAGGUAAAAAAAGAAGUAAAAGUCCUGAAACCGUAAUAAAAGUUAAUAAAAGAGAAGAUGUUAAGGUGCAUGAAGUUGAUGAAAAUAGUAUGUGUAAUGCAAAUGAUGCUUCCCCUUCAAAACGCCUUAAAGUCGUUAUUAGUGAUAUAAUCAAAACACCAUCUAAAACGAUCUCUUUAACAAGUUCACCGGUCAAAACACCAGUGUCUUUACGUUCUCAGACUGUCUGUAAAACACCAAACACAGAGUUGAAAAACAUGAGUUUAAACAGUCCAUGUACGUCAAAUAAAACUUCAAUAAUUACAUCUGCCAGGAAAAAUUUGAACUUAUCUUUUAAACCAAACGAAAGUGUUGUGAAGGGAGGUAAAGCACCAUAUAAUGACUUUGAUCAAGAUGAUACGGAUGAGGCGCAAUCAGAAGGAAGUGAUGAUAAAGAUACAUGUUACAAUCCUGACGAGUCUAUAGAAAGUUCUAGUGAGUAUUCUGAAGAAGAAAUUAAUGACAGUGAUAGUGAUGAGAAUGAAAGACCAAAUUAUAGUGAAACACUAAGGGCCAAGUCAAAAACGUCUCCUAAAAAUAUUCUCAAAACACCCUCUAAACGUGCGCCAAAAACAGUAACACCGUCUGUAGAAACCCCAACCAGACAAAUGUCCCGAUUGAGUUUAAGUGGAUUGACUCCUUCAGUGCGUAAAAGAGUUAGUCAGGUUUCUAAACCCACAACUCCAUUGCAACUGGCACGUCAAAAGCUCCACGUGAGUGUACUUCCGAAAUCAUUGCCAUGUAGAGAAGAACAGUUUAACGAUAUAUACACUUUUCUCACAGCUAGAUUAUCUGAUAACACUGGAGGAUGCAUUUAUAUUAGUGGAGUGCCUGGAACUGGUAAGACUGCCACAGUCAAUGAAGUCAUACGUAUCUUGAAAAAGAAAAUGGAAGAAGGCAGUUUGCCUGAAUUCAAAUACGUUGAUAUAAACGGAAUGAAAAUGUCCGAGCCACGUCAGGCUUACGUGCAAAUGUGGAAACAACUGACUGGAGAAAGUAGAACCUGGGAAGAUGCCCAGAAAAUGCUUCAAGAAAGAUUUUCCAAACGAAACUCCAAGAGAUGUAUGACCCUGCUGCUUGUUGAUGAGUUGGAUCUUUUAUGCACCAAGAGGCAAGACGUUAUUUACAAUCUCCUGGACUGGCCUAGUAAAGAACAAGCCAAGCUAGUUGUGGUUACAAUUGCUAACACAAUGGAUCUGCCAGAGAGAGUUUUUAUGGCCAAAGUUACGUCCCGUUUAGGUUUGACAAGAUUAUCAUUUCCAUCUUACACCUACAAACAACUAGAACAAAUUGUCGUUUCAAGAUUAAAAAAUCAAAACGCUUUUGACAAUGACACUAUUCAACUAGUAGCUAGAAAAGUAGCUGCAGUCUCGGGUGACGCCAGAAGAGCACUAGAUAUAUGUCGUAGAUCCACCGAAGUCGCGGAAGUUAAUGGGAAGGAAACGGUCACUUUAGCCCAUGUUAAACAAGCUCUGGAUGAAAUGAUUGCCAGUCCUAAGAUCCAGGCGAUCAAAAACUGUUCGGUGAUGGAGAAGUACUUUUUGCAAGCCGUUUGUGCAGAAGUCCAACGUACUGGUGUACAAGAAGUCGUCUUUAAGAAUGUAUAUCAUCAUAUGAAGCCCUUAGUGUCAGUAAAUGGUGAAAACCCACCAAAUAUCACACGAGCCCUUUUAAUCUGCGCCAGACUUGGCUCUUAUAGACUGCUUUUGACCGAGGAUGCGAGACAGGAUAUUCACCAAAGAAUAAUAUUAAAUGUCGAUAGUGAUGAUGUUUAUUUUGCUACGAAAGAAAUUGAAAUAUAAUAAUUUGAUUUAUUCAAU